AUGGCUCCGUCGCAACCGCCCCCCGAUUCUGCGCAGGAGCCGCCACCGCAACCCAAGUAUCCCACCAUCUCGCGAUCGGCCUCGCGCCUCGACGAAGAUGACCGUUCCUGGGAGCACACUAUCCGUCUAGUGUCGCCCGAGCCCGUGCUGUCCCCGCCGACCGUCGCCCACUCGCGAGAGUCCUCCGCAGAAAAGGUACCGCGCCUCCAGGCCUCGCUGACCUCGCCGCGAUCCGCCACCAGUGCCGCCGCCCGACAAAAUAUCGACGCCACGCGCGUUGCUGCCUACGGACACCACCGGCAGACUUCCAUCGUGCAUGGCAUACAGCACUCUAGAAAUGGGAGCAUCGCCAGCUCUGCCUCCAGCCCCUUGAGCCCCCAGAUGAUAGCCGCCGCUGGCGUCGGGCUCGACAUGGACUCGGUCAGCGCUAGGAUGGAUGCCAUCGUCACGACAAAUUCUUCUGCCGCGGCAGGCACUGUAUCUCCAACUGCGAUGGAAAAGUCAGCCUCGACGACCGACGUGCCCGCGUUUGGCUCGACCCAGCGCAAAGUCGACCAGAUGCACAGCAAAUCACGCCGCGACCACCCGAACCACCACUCGCAUUCCUCUCGACAUCGUGACGACCAAAAAACAGUGGGAGAAUAUGCCCUUCACGUCCUCUUCACAUCCUUCAUUGCGCAAGCUGAAGAAAAACUCAACGAAUGCAUUACCGUCCCCUUCGACCCCGAACCGAAUGUUGAUCAAAUAUGCGGUCCAGGCGUUGACCCCGCCUUUGACCAGCUUAUUGUCGCUCUAGGUCACAUUGCGAGCCCCAAACCGAAGGCCUUGAUAGAUUCCAUGAUGCUUUGGCGCAAAAGCAAGAGCGACGCCGCCAACGAUGCCCGCAGCAAGCUUCAGCAGCUACGCAACAACACACCCGGUACACCGUUGAUGCGAAGAAACACGGAGCCCACAGGCAUAAGCCCGGCCGAUAAUGCGUUUCCGACGGGCGUAUCUUUGGGCGCGACGCAAGAGGAUGUUGCCAAACAGGAACGCCGCUCUACAGUCUCCAUCUAUAUUCUCUGUCGCGUGCUUGUCGAGGUCAUCUGCCAAAGCAGUCUUGCAUCAAUCACGCCAGAAAUGGAGGACAAACUGGAGAGUAUCAUAUUUGGACAGCUCAAACAGGCCGACCCCGAACAGCUGGCUAUCUCGCCGCUUAAAAUGGCCAACUGGAACCUUUUCGCCCAACUCCUUGGAUACAUGAGUGAAAUUAAUUUUGCAGGAAUCACUCGCCGAUUCAUCGAAGACUUGAGUGCUUGUCUCCAUGAACGAGUUGUCAAGAGUCCCACAUCAGCUUCGGGCCGGGAAGUAGACGGCAAGAUCGAUCUCGUCCUGAAUGGUAUGAAACACCUGCGCGUCAAGGUGUCACCGGAAGAGUCGUGGGAGCAGUCCUGCGAUUUUCUCAUUAAACUGGGUCGUCUGUUCAGCAAAUCCCAUGGCCAGAGAGUUAAGUCCGCCUUUUGCCAGGUGCUCGAUACGCUUCUGCGACCCAUUGCGGCCAAAGCUCUCAACAGUCAUCUGAUGCAUCCCAAAUGGGCCGAUGUGCUUUCUGCCAUCGGACCGCGCCUCGCACAAAUGUAUACAAAGCCGAGGCACUGGGCUGUGUCAUUUCCUCUCACAGCUACUCUGCUUUGUGUCUCGCCACCAGAGAACUUUACAUCGCAGUGGUUGCAGCUGAUCAUGCCGCUGCAAACCAAGAUCAAGGAUAGAUUUACAAAGCCUCUUUGCCUGCAGGUCAUCUCCCGGCUUGUCUGGACAUAUUUAUAUCGCACAAACGACAGCAUUCCAAGCGCCUGCAGGAAGCUAGAAGAUGUCAUCCGACUUGUCAUGCCUUCCUCGAAGCGCAGUCUCAUCGCUGCAGAUGCUGCCGUCACUGAGCCUCUGAUCCAGCUGAUUCGCAUCAUUGGAUUCAAACACCCAGAGUUUUGCUUCCGAACCAUCAUCUUCCCUCUGAUUAAUGCCGACCAUUUCAUGCUUACCAAAGACCCCAAGGUGGACCAGCUUGACCCCGACAGAAUCGUGAUCGGAAUUCGCGCAUUUCUCAGCAUCAUGUCAGACCUCGAAAGAGGCGAACAAGGCCGCCCCCCCUUUCCGCAAACAUUCGAAGCCACAUCAAACCUUGAGAGAGUUUCUACGUCCCCUGUGAUCUCUGCGAGAUCGAGGUCACCUUCAAGUCCGACAGCCUCGUCUAAGAAAGAGACAAUCUCGAGACCAGUGCUCACCUCUGUUCUUACAGAUGGGGUGCGCGAAUACUACCUCAAGUUUUGCGAAGUCUUGGGCAAAAUCACAAUUGUAUGUGAUAAUACCUUUGGUGGACAGGCGACCCUGGAUGAAAAGUUCAACAGUCCAGGGCCCAAGACGCCAAUCUCCGAGUCCUUUACAUUCUCCCGCAGAGACGACGGCCAAACUGCCCAGGAUCAACGGCACGCAUUCUAUGAACUACUUCUUAUUUCUGUGCAGGCGCUGCCCAGGUGCCUCCCCACCGAUGUGCCCUUCAAUACCCUGAUCAAUCUACUGUGCACUGGCACUGCUCAUGUUCAAUUCCAUAUUGCGGAUUCAUCCGCCGCUUCGCUCAAGGCAAUUGCCAAGCAUGCUCACGCCCAGCAAGUCACCAUGGGCUUUGCACGGUACAUCUUUAAUUUUGAAGACCGUUAUUCGACCAUGUCUGAUGGUGGGAUGCUUGGGCCGGGACACAUUGAGAAUACGCUGCGCCUCUAUGUAGAGCUGUUGCAGAUCUGGAUUGAAGAAAUCCGUCAGAAGAAGCGAGAUGCAGCUUCAGUUCAGGGCGAUGGCAGAGGAGCCGACCAAAGAGCGCUUAAGCUGGAUCUGUCUCAGGUUUGGGGUGAAGUUGACCAAGCCGAAGCACAUGGUCUUUUCUUCCUCUGCUCUCAAUCUCGACGCGUGCGCCACUUUGCCAUUACCGUGCUGCGUCUAAUCACCGAAUUCGACAAGGCCCUCGGGAAAGACGCUUCUACUGAGAAGGAUACGCUCAGGCUCAUUGACAUCCUUGAAAACGAUUCCAUCCAAGUGAUGAAUUUCAACGAGGAAAGCCUCUCUGUUGCGGAGCGAAGUCGCCUGCAGCGGGGCCUGAAGAACAUCAACAGCAAAGGCGCCGUUGUUGAGCUAUGUACCAGCGAUGUUACGUAUGAUGCAACGCUGUGGUUCAAAAUCGUACCGAAUCUGAUACGCAUCUUCUUUGAGAGAUGCCCAUUUGCAGUCACAAUCUGCCGCGACUUAAUUUGCAAUCGCAUAAUUCAGCUAUACAAGUCGAUUGUUUGUAUAUCAGAGCCUUCACGUGGCCUUUUGUACGGCGGAGAGUCUGGGAAUCAGCGAAUGGGCAACAGAUCUGCGGCCGCGCACCCAGAGGUUAUGAUUGAGCAGUGGAAGCUGUACCUGAUAUUUGCAUGCACAACUAUGGCCGAUCCGGGAGCGCUACCAGCACCAACCAACCCGAAAGACCUGCAACAUACUCGGAAAGGCUCCCGGCAUGCGUCCACCGACAAGAUCAUGACGGCCAGAACUUUGUUCAAAUACCUAAUACCUAUGCUUUCAGCCCACUCCGCGUCCAGCCGCGACGCUACUGUCGUCGCGAUGGGCUCAAUCAAUAUCCAUAUUUACAGAUCUUUGCUGGAGGAAUUGCAAGGCCAGGUUGCUCGAUGCAACGACGAGGCUAGAGCCAGAAUUCACCAGCGCACAAACAGCAGCCCCCGUCGAAACAGAAAGAUGGAUCUGCUGCGAACGGAAAUCACGCACGUACUCAAAUUGACAUCGCACCACCUUCGGGAUGAGCGUGUACAUGGCAACGACUUUUUCUUGACAACAUUGACAUCAUAUGCCAAAGAUUUGAAGCUGUUCCUCAUGGACGGUGAAGUGCAGAUGGACUGGGAGUUUCAAAAGCUGCGACAGCACUACUGCGGUCUGAUGGAGACCUUGUUUGAGGGCAUCAACCGAACCCAAGACCCUUCACGGUGGAUGACCUUUGAGUCACGCAAGUCUGCCUUCUCCUUGAUGGAAGACUGGUGCGGCUUUUCCCCGAACCAAAACCAAAUUCGUGCUAGGGAAGAUACGAUGAGGCAGUCUGUCAUUGACCAGCAGUCGAUGGGAGAGCGAGGUACCGUGACGGCAGCCAUGGAGAUUGAGAAACGAAAUCUGCGCAACGCUGCUCUGAGCGCAAUGGCAGCACUCUGUGCAGGCCCCGUUACGUUUACCACCGAGAGUGGCGUUACGCUGCAGUUUGACGUACGCCGCAUGCUGGCAUGGGUUGAAGCCAUCUUUAAUUCUGGAAGUGACCGUAUGAAUGUCACUGGCCGACUGGCGCUGAAAAACCUUGUCAUCCACAACAAAGACUACCCGUAUCUCCUUGAUCACUGCAUCGCACGCUGCUAUCUCGCAGAGGCCCCCAAAGUGCUCGAGAGCUAUUUCAUGGUCUGCAUGGACGUUCUUCAAGAAUGCCCCGACUAUCCUUGCCCGUUCUGGAAAAUGCUUGGCCUCUGUCUCUUCACUCUCGGAAAUGACCAGAGCGAGAUUCGGUCAAAGUCUGCUGCAGCUCUGCGAUCCCUCGAGCUUAGGCAGCAACGCAACUCCAAGAUUCGCGACUUUGACAUCAGUAUUGCCGACAAGACGCAGGCGGUGUACAAGCUGGCCCAGUUUGAGAUAUCAAAGCGACUCGCAAACUCGUACACUGAAUUGGCCUUUCACAUUGUCUCAGAGUUUACUCUCUAUUUCAAAGACCUCCAGCCGCAUGCACAGCGAAAUGUUGUUGCAGUCAUCCUGCCGUGGAUUCAGGCGAUUGAACUGAAACUGGAUCCGAACGGCGGACCCACAGCUCAAUCAUACGUCCUGCUCGCUAACCUGCUCGAAAUCACGAUCAAGUCGAGCGUUGCCCUGCAUAACGAGGUACAAGCGCUAUGGCAGGCCUUGGCGACAGGUCCGCACCCUGGAAAUGUGCGGCUGGUUUUGGACUUUAUCAUGCAACUCUGCCUUGAACGGCGGGAACAAAACUUUGUCGAAUACGCGAAGCAGAUUGUCGUUUUUCUGUCAACCACAAGCGGCACGCCUGGUAUCAAAGUGGUUGAGUUUCUGCUGCUGCAAAUCACGCCUAAGGCCAUGGUACCCAACGAGAAGCGGGACUCGAUGCCUCCUCCGCCGGACGUUAGCGCCCUGCCGUACUGCGCUGAUCUUAAUGAAGCUCUGCCUGUUGGAACGAAGCAAGCAGGGUUUUCUCUCGGACAACUUUCCUUGAUACUCCUUGUCGAUUUGAUGGUUGCACCAGUGAACCUGAUCCCCGAGAAUAUUCCUUCUCUGCUGCACGUGGUUACGGUUCUGUGGGAUCAUUAUACCCCGCUCGUGCAAGAACAGGCUCGUGAAAUGCUGGUGCACUUGAUACACGAGCUCGUCCUCUCUCGCAUGGACGAAAACCCCCACGAUACGAGAAAGCAGACCAUCGAGGAACUCAUAGACCUAGUUCGUGGCCAUGAUCGAGCAGUCGUCUGGAGCUAUGAAGACAGCAAUGGCAAGGUUGACGAGCAAGACAACAAGGUACCUCCCAGCAUGGAAUACCUUACUGCCGAAGUGCUGCAAACGUUUGAACCUGCGUAUCCCGGUAUCAAAGAGCAAUGGGGAAGGCUUUCCCUUACUUGGGCCACCUCGUGUCCUGUCAGACAUUUGGCCUGUCGCUCGUUCCAAAUCUUUCGCUGCGUCUUGACAUCCUUGGAUCAGUACAUGCUUGGCGAUAUGUUGGCACGGCUGUCGAAUACAAUUGCCGAUGAAGACCCAGAGAUCCAGUCAUUCUCUAUGGAAAUUUUGACAACUUUGAAGACACUGAUUGUCAAGCUCGAAUCCGACAAGCUACUCACGUUUCCUCAGCUCUUCUGGACCACGUGCGCAUGUCUGGAAUCCAUCAACGAACGAGAGUUUAGAGAAGCCGUGGACAUGCUCAGCGAGCUUGUAGGCAAAGUGGACUUGCGAUCCGCUAGCGUUCGACGCCUGAUUGCAGAUGGGCAGCCACCUCGCUGGGAUGGGACUUAUGAUGGUCUGCAGCCGCUGCUUCACAAAGGCCUCCGCUCAGCCGUCUGCUGGCAGCCGACAUUGGAUAUCAUGGAGCAGCUCGUGAAGCUCCCCAAUGAUCCUCUCAUUGGCGAUGAUCAACGUCUCUUCUUCACGCUGCUAGCCAACUUUCCAAGAUUUCUCAACGAUCUGGAUCAGCGCAGCCUGCCAGCAGAUGAUGUCCUGCAGUCUGCACAUGUUUUGCUCGCCGAGGCAGACCGACAAGGCCUUGAAGGUAUUGCGUUGACGCUCGAUGACUACGUCAAUGGCAACAUCCACAGUGGUGGCGAUCUACUGACAAUAUUAUUUGGAGCGCUGAAGGAAUACUAUCUUCCACAGCUUGACUUCAAGAUGAUCACCUUUUUGCUUGGUCUGCUCACAAACUCCAUCACCUGGGUCAAAGUUCACACGAUGCGCAUCCUGUGUGUCGCAAUCCCCGAAGUGGAUAUGCGCAACCCUGAGCUUGCGGGGCACGGCUCUGAUCUGAUUUCGCCAUUACUUCGCCUGCUCCAGACCGACUUGUGUAUGAAUGCUCUUGAGGUUCUUGACAACAUCAUGACAGUCUCGGGCAGCCACAUGGACAAACACCACUUGCGCAUGAGCAUGACGCGCGCCACUUCCAAGAUCAUCCGAAAAGAAUAUGAGCGCACGCAGAGUCUGUUUGGUAUCCCCGAAGCUUCCGGUUGGGCGAUUCCCGUGCCAGCCAAGAAAACAGAGGCGACUCGGGCAAACAUCCAUGCUGCAUUCUACAUGUGCCAAAGCGCAGAGGGAUCGUCGACUGAAGCCACCCCGACGGCGGAGGUUGAAUUCCACAACGACGACUUUGCAUAUGGAUACUUUAACUCACAUGAGCGUUCGGCGACUAUGCUCUCUGAUGAUGGCCGCGCCGAUACGCUUGUAGGGGACCUUGUAACCAAGCUGGAUAGUUUGGAUGACUUUUUCGACGAGCCGUCAAGCCCUCACACCGAUGACGACGGCCGGUCAUCGAGGACGGUCACAGAGUACGAUCCGGAUGCAUUCGAUUCGGAGACGCAGCUUUACGACGAACAGAUUUUGCCAAUCCUCCAUCAAGCAUCUAGCAACACUUCGUUCCAGAAUGGCUUCGCCGACAGACCACCCGCAAUGUCUCGAGAAGCGAGCGCCAAUGCCAUGAACCCUGGCGCCUUUAACAUUGUGACGUCGCCUCGACCAGCGCUGCACUCGCGUUCCAUCACGUCCCCAUCUGCCCCAGCGUCAUACUAUCCGCAUAUGGCGGGCGACAUGACGUCUGACGAGGAGUACUUGUCGGGCGGCUUCUCGGACGCCGACGACGAGCGGCCCAGCGCAGCCACCAACAUUGGCAGCGUCUUCUCCCUCGAGCACAUGGUGACACGACCGCCCAAGCCCGAGGUCAUCACCACGGCGGCGACGCCGACGGGGGCCACAAAGUCGUCGUCGAACUUGCGGAGACUGACGAGCCGGUCUCGCGACGAGCACCGCGGGCGUGAAAAGACACCACCGCAGCCCACACCCAAAAUGCCCACACCGAACCCCAAUAUGUUUGCAGGCGGGCAACAAGAUGUGCUGUAG